UACACACUGAUGAAGUAUGUAUUAUUGCGCACACACUUCCGUAGAUUGGAGGACUGCGUUGUUAGUGCCUGCGGCCAACCUCCUCGGUCCUGGCGCCAUCCGAACUUCAGGGGCACCUUUGCAACAAUGAUUUCUCGCGAUACACAUAGAGUUACUUUCAUGCUACGCACAUCUUAUAUAAUCAUGUAGUGAAGUUGACCUUGACUUGCAUCGUUGAUAACCAGAAGCGUUAAAAAAUGCAAGUGCAAGACCAUGUUGGCAUCUACCAGGUGCCCGAGGCACUGGACUGUAUCAAAUGGUCGCAAGACAACCUUUUGGCGGUCGCAGCGGGCCAGUCCAUUACGAUUUUCAAUCCCGCAGUUCUUGGCGGUCCGCGGGCUUUUGCGCCUCUUCGCUCUGUAGACUUGUCGGCAGUUGCACCUGGCUUCCGUCCAAAGGACUGGCUGGACUCGGCGCAGUUUGCGAUGUCGGCUGUUCAUGAGGUCAAUUUGAAGAACCCUGUUUCAGACCAGUCAUGGCGCGCCAUCGCUUGGUCUCCUAUGGGAUGCACUUCCUCGGGAGGCUGUUUGCUCGCUGCCUUGUCUCCAGACUUCAAGGUGCGGUUGCUGGGUCCACCCUCCGGCUCCCUCAGCAGCACCUGGCGGGAGGUGGUGGACGUCACGGAGCUGCUGCGGGCGCACAUGGCGGCCACGGGGUGGCAGGAAAUCGACAGCCUGGCGGGUUGCGGGCGCACAGCUGCUCAGUCCAGCGCACUACUGCGGCUGCGAGGCGGCUGCCCCUCGCCCCUCAAGGAUCACAUGCGCCUGGGCCCGCAGGAGCAGCUGCUGCGGAGGCUGCUGCAGGCGAAGGCACAGGGACCGGGGCUGCUGCCGGAGCUGCUCAGGCAGCACCGGAUCAGUCUGCGGAGGGCAUCAAAGCAGAGGCAGCUUCCCCUUCCUCCUCCCCGACAGGCGCCAAGCCCGGGGUAGUGCUGGCGGCUCUGGCCUCAGCGGCGGCAGCCACCGCGGCAGCAUGCGGGCGGGUGGUCACGGCAGUAGCAGCAAGGCUGGGGGCGAGUCCGGGACACGGUGCGACUACUGCUACCGGGGCUACCGCUGCUGAGAACACAAUGGCCGCGGAGGAUGCGCCGCCGGCAAAACGCCCUAGGCGGGAGUCGGCUGCUGCCAGCAAAGCUGCUGCUGCGGCCGCUACUGCUCCUGCUGCUGCGGCGGCUGGGCCUUCCACCGCCGCAGCCGCUGCUGGCAUCGCGGGGGGCGGUGAGGUUGCAGUGAAGGUGGAGAACGGCGCUGACGGCUCGGGAGCAGCAGCGGUGGGGGCAGCGGGCUCCAGCGGCGGUGUUGCGGGUGGUGGAGAGGCGGCUGGGCGGGG